GUGAGCUGUGGCAUAAAUCUUUCUUUAAUUUGCAUUUUUGAGCUUUCAUCAUUAUAUGUUAAACUCACUCACAUUAUAUCUCAAAUAUUCCCAACACACACACACACACACAUAUUUAUAUAAAUUUACUUGCUAGAUACCACAUUAAUCAAAUAUACAUAUCUCCAUUCCUAGAAGAUCAUCAAGUCUUCUGGCGAUAUGGCCUCGAGGAAUGUACUUCCACGCAGGGCAAAAUCACAGUUUUUAGCAUUAGAGCAGGAAAGCUCGGGUCAUGAUCAAGAGGUAAAAGAUAGAGAGUACCUUCAAAAUCUGGCUCUAUAUAAGGCAGUUGACAAUGGCGAUUGGGAGGCUGCAGAGAACUUCCUUGAACAACAUCCGAACGCAGUGACUGCUAGUCUUUCAGCGGAUGACGACACAGCUCUCCACGUAGCAGUGCUAGCAGGCCACGUAGAUAUCGUAAGAGAGUUGAUCAAACGGUUAAGCCCAGAGGAUCUAGCAAUCAAAAACAAAACAAAUGCCACUGCCCUUAAUUAUGCUGCUAUUGGAGGGAUUACAAAGAUAGCCGAGGACUUGGUCGAAAAGCAGAAGGAUUUGCUCACCAUUCCUAACCAGAAUGACCAAAUACCUGUUGUUGUAGCUUCUCUUUAUGGUCAUAAAGAAAUGGUUCGUUACCUUUAUAAUGAGAGUCCCAAAGAGGAGCUUAGUCCUCAAAAAGGCAAAAAUGGAGUUAUGCUUCUCACUGCUUGUAUCAUUGAUGAACUCUAUGAUAUUGCUUUGGAUUUGCUUCAACAUCACCCACAAUUGGCAUUUGAGCAAGACACUGAUAAAGAUACAGCACUUGAGAUGUUGGCUCAGAAACCAUCUGCGUUUCUCAGUGGAAGUGACCUUUCUCUAUGGCAACUUUGGAUAUAUAAAUCUAUUCGUGUUGCUCAUCCUCAACCCUCCAAUAGCAACCAUGGCGACAUUGAAAGACCCCUUAGUGGACCGGCUGUGCAGAAAAAUGUCAUUCGACGAGCAUUUCACCAAUUGUUGGUAGUGGUGUCAAAAUGCCUCAAACCGUUUGUUCCAGGAAUCAAGCAUUUGUAUAACCUAAAGUUGACACAUGCCCAAGCACAAGAACUUUUGUGCUGCAUUUGCGACCAACUGUCAACUCUACACAAAUCAGAAUUUGAACAACUUGGAGUUAUUAGAGCCAUAUUUAAAGCUGUUAAGCAUGGAAUUGUAGAGAUCAUUGUAGAGAUGACAAGACAGUAUCCUGAUAUAAUAUGGUGCGAGGACGAAAAUGAGAGAGGUAUAUUUUUAUAUGCAACUUUGCAACGCCAAGAAAAGAUUUUCAGUCUUAUUUAUAAAAUGGGUGCAAAGAAGAAUUCCAUGGCAACUUCUUGGGACAAGUUUCAUAACAAUAUUUUGCAUCAAGCUGCAUUCUUGGCACCUUCCUCCCGGCUUGAUCUCGUUUCAGGUGCAGCAUUGCAAAUGCAAAGGGAACUUCAAUGGUACAAGGAAGUGGAGAGGAUUGCACAACCAAAAUAUAAAGAGAUGCACAACAAACAACACAAGACUCCUGGCACUUUAUUUACAGAAUCACAUAAGAAAUUAGUUGACGAAGGUGAGAAAUGGAUGAAAGACACAGCCGAAUCGAGCACAGUUGUGGCUGCUCUUAUCGCGACAAUUAUGUUUUCUGCAAUCUUUACAGCUCCAGGAGGUUAUGAUCAAUACAGUGGCCUGCCUCUGUACUUGUAUCAGGAUUUAUUCAUGGUUUUUAUAGUAUCCGACGCGAUGUCAUUAUUCGCUUCCACAUCUUCGUUGUUGAUGUUCUUGGGGAUCCUGACAGCGCGGUAUGGAGAAGAAGAUUUUCUCAAGUCCUUGCCCACAAAGUUGAUAAUAGGGUUAUCCACACUUUUCUUUUCUAUAGCAACUAUGAUGAUAACAUUUGGAGUAACUCUUGUCAUUUUUCUUCGCCAACGUAUGCCUUGGGUUUCAUUUCCAAUAAUUCUGCUGGCUAGUCUUCCAGUCACUCUUUUUGCUCUUCAGCAAUUUCCUCUUCUUGUGGAGAUUUUCCUGUCUACUCAUGGACCUGGCAUUUUUGACAAGCCAAAGAAGAGGUGGUGCUUUUGGGGUUUAGGUAGAGACUAGGAGUAUCGAGAUUUUGUUAUAUAUAAAUAAAAAUAUUAUUUUUAUGGGUUUUUGUUAUUUUGAUUAUUUAUUUAGUUAGUUAUUUAGGGUAGUGCUUGUUGCUACUAGUUGGUAGAGAAUUUUUCUUGGAUCCUGUCAGAAAAUUUUGGACAAAUGGGUAUUUAUUACCUACUCUCCACCAUUUAUUAUUAUUAUUAUUAUUAUUAUUAUUAUUAUUACUACUGAAUAAAUAAUAAAUCA